GAUUUUCAAUGUCUAUUUUUAUUAUAGACGACGAACUGUCGAAUUGUGAGCAAAUUUAGUUUCCUGCUGUCCUGUUGCAUAAGCUGGCAAAUGGGGACAGAGACAUUUAGUUUGGUAUAGUUUUAACAGUUUAGUGCCUCGGUGUGUAAUGUUAUGUAUGGGGGUGGGGGGCAGGAGCCAUCAUUCUGCACAGAUUCUUUAGAGGUGUUGUUAGUGAUGCAGUUUUGCAGAGAACACUUCCCUCAAGCCUUAGUUGUCCAGGUGUGUGUGUGUCCUCUUCCAGAGGUGACUGUCCCUGUGAGCAUGAAGGAGGUGGGAGGCUACAUAGAGAAACAGGUGGCAUACCUGUCAGGGGGCCGUGGGGAACACUCCAGCGUCAUCAUCACUCUCCCUGAGUACUCAGCCUUCAGUGACAUUCCAGAGGAAGCUUUAGCCAAAGUGUUUACAUACCUCACUCUCAUCCCUCGAACAAGGCAACCUGGGGUCAAAUUUAUCAUCAUUUUAGACCGAAGACUGGAUACAUGGGCCUCUAUCAAAACUGCACUUGCCAGGAUAGCACCUACUGAUUCUCCCUCCUCCUGCAACGUGAUCAGUGAUCUCCCCCCCUACUUAAAGGCCUCCUUUCCUGGGAACCUCCACCUGGUCCUGGUGCUCCGACCCACCAGCUUCUUCCACCGCACUGUUACUGAUAUUGGCUUCCGCUUCAGCCAAGAGGACUUCAUGCUCAAGAUGCCAGUGGUGAUGCUGAGCUCUGUGACAGACCUGCUGCGCUACAUUGAUGAGAACCAGCUGACCUCAGAGUUUGGAGGCACUCUGGAUUACUGUCACACUGACUGGAUUGUCUUACGAACGGCUAUUGAAAGUUUUGCUGUAACAGUCAAAGACAUCGCACAGAUGCUACAAGGCUUUGGCACUGAGCUGGCAGAGACAGAGCUGCCCGAUGAGAGUAAAACCAUUGAGUAUCUCCUUGAGUCCCACACUGACAAGUACAGAAAACUCAAGGAUGCAAUCAGAUCAGUGUCAAAGGAGGGUCGUCAUCUUCUCUCUAGCCUGGAGACCUCUGGGAAGGAAGAUGACUCCCAUUGGGAUGUGAAGUUAGACUGGGAGACAGUACAGAGGCUUCUUGCCCAGCUCAGAGACAUGGAGUCUGCCUUUGAUGGCUUCUUUGAGAAGCAUCAUCUGAAACUCCAUCAGUACCUGCAGUUGCUCAGAUAUGAGCAAAGCUUUCAGGAGGUGGAGUUAUCUCUGGAGCAUUUAACGGCUCAGGAAAAGGAGCUGUCCAUAUCUGUGGACACUCUGGUGCAAACAGAACAGGCUCUCAAAAGGCUGGACAGUCUGGAGUUUAAUGCACAGGAGGUGAUGGCUCGAGCCCAGAUCAUUAUCCUUCAUGGACACCAGCUCUCAGCCAGUCACCACUACGCCAUGGCUCUCAUUAUGCAGCGCUGCAACGAGCUUCGCCACUACUGUGAUACACUCAAUGCUGCUCUCAAGACCAAACACUCGCGUCUACUGCACACACACCAGUUGUUGCUUUGUCUUGGACAGGCCCAAGGUUGGUGUGAUGAUGGUGCAUAUCUGCUGGCCAGUCAGUUGGUAAAUAAGUUCCAGUCUAAAGAGGGGGCCCAGGCUGCCUUGAGGGAGAUUGAGACAUUUCUGGAGGGGGCGCCAUCCAUGCUGAGCUCCGGACCCGACAUCCUGGCCAUUGAGUAUGAGGCUGUAAUCACACCUCAGCUGCAGGCCCAGAUAUCGAAAACUUUUGAGAAGCAUGCAGCGGUGCAGCAGAUGAUCCAGAACCGACAGGCUUGUCUGAGGAAGAUGGCUGAUAAACAUGUGCGACCGGUGCAACUGGUGGCCCCCAGGCCUGAAAACCCACCGCACUCCAAAUCUCCUCUGUUUUCCCCCAAGCAUGGCGAUGGUCUGAAUGGAGAAGUCAUUGUUGUCUCUCUGUGGUGUGUCCAGAUAGAGGUGAUUCAUGACUACCAGGAGAGCCAGAGAUGUGUGUCAUACAGUCUGGAGGGAGAGGACAGCCCAGAACUCUUGAAGCGCCAUGUGAUGAGGGAACUCGUAGAGACAGAAAGAAUCUAUGUGGAAGAGCUGCUGUCAGUGCUGCUGGGCUAUAGGGCUGAGAUGGACAACCCAGCUCUGUCAGGGCUUCUGCCCCCAAUCCUGCACAGCAAGAGAGACAUCCUCUUUGGAAACAUGCCUGAGAUCUACAAUUUUCAUAGCAGGGUUUUCCUUCAGGACCUGGAAGGAUGCCUGGAGGCUCCUGAAAGUGUUGGAGCUUGUUUUCUGGAGCGGAAAGAAAGUUUCCAGAUGUAUGAAUGCUACUGUCAGAAUAAGCCACGCUCUGAGGCGCUCUGGAGACAAUUCUCUGACUGUGCCUUCUUUCAGGAGUGUCAAAAAAAGCUAGAGCACAAACUGGGCCUGGAUUCCUACCUGCUGAAACCAGUCCAACGCCUCACCAAGUAUCAGCUGCUGCUGAAGGAGCUGCUAAAAUACAGUGCAGAUUGUGAAGGGGCCUCUGAACUACAGGGGGCACUAACAGCCAUGCUGGACCUGCUCAAAUCAGUCAACGACUCCAUGCAUCAGAUAGCCAUCACAGGUUAUGAGGGAGACAUUUGCGAGCUGGGCCGUGUGUUGAUGCAGGGCUCGUUCAGUGUGUGGAUCAGCCAUAAGAAAGGCCCCACACGCAUGAAAGAGCUGGCUCGCUUCAAGCCGAUGCAGAGGCACCUCUUUUUGUAUGAGAGAGCUCUACUCUUCUGCAAGCGGAGGGAGGAGCACGGAGACGGCCAUGAUAAGACCCCCUCAUACAGCUUCAAGCACUAUCUCAAGAUGACUGCUGUGGGGAUCACAGAGAACGUCAAGGGAGAUGUGAAAAAGUUUGAGAUCUGGUACAGUGGCAGGGAGGAAGUCUAUGUGGUUCAGGCUCCUACAGUGGAGGUGAAGAUGGCCUGGCUCAAUGAGCUUCGCCGAAUCCUGACAAACCAGCAGAAGCUGCUUCGAGAUGAAGUCUAUCAACACGGCCAAAUGGUUGAACACAUGCAUAUUUCUCUACCAUUCUCUGAGAGCAAGCAGCAGAGGGCGUCAGUGAGUUCUGAGGACACUGACUCGGGGAGGAGCAGUCCAGACCCCCAUUCCAACUCCCCUAAACACCAGCACAACCGCAGGAGUUGGCCUGGAGCUCAUCACUCGGUAGACAUCUGCGAGGGUUUGGAGGAGUGGCCUCGAGGUCGGGACACGUUCCAUCCAUCUGACAUGGAUGAGGUUUUGGUGCAGCUGUCUCCAGGCAGAUACAGGGCUUUGGCUGACUGUCUUCAAAAUGGACCAGACAGUGUCACCAUCAAGUGCGAAGACAUCAUCCAGCUGCAAUCUGAAGACAAGGGUCGCUGGCUGGUAAAAAAUCUGAGUCAGAGACAAGAGGGUUUUAUAGCAGCCGCCAGCCUGCAGCUGAUUGUAGGAGACAGCAGUCGAGCACACUCCUCCAGACUAGGGGUCUUUAUCCUUUCUUGUAGACCCAGGCAACCUGAAGACAAGAAAGCUCAGCUCCCCAUAGAGAAGAAGCACAGAAUGUGAAUCUAAUAUUUACCAGUGGAUGAUGAACAGACUGAGCCAGAGCUGUCUCACAGCUGUAUCAGCCACCCACUCCUCACUCCCUGGCGCCGUCUGCUUUUCUUCGGCACAGUUUGACCAUUACAAAGAAAAAAGUGGGAAACCUACAAGCCUGAUUUUCUCACAGGUUUGACUGACGAGCUCUUGGGGCUAGUGUUUUGUGAUAGUGAAGGUGUGCACCAGCUCCACGGCACAGGAGCUGUUAGACCUCUUGGACAAUCAACCGAUCCCUAAAUCCUGAUUGGUCUUCCUCAUUUUUGAAUGUUCUUCCGGCGCCCCAUCUGCAACACACAUAUAAGCAGGAUGUGAGUUGCUACUGCUAAUGCAGUGGGCCAUUUUUCUAAGUGUGGACUCAAACAUUUUUCAGCUCUUCCUCAUUGCAGUUCUGAGUGCGAGUCUUCCUGGUUGUCUCAUUGUGUGUCAGAUGGAUGCUUACCUAAGAUUUACCUGAAAUAUUUCUUACAGCAGAGACUUUUGUACAUGUAUGGUAUCAUUUUUAACAUUUGCUGUACCUAAGUGUUUCAUCUUUGUGUAAUUAGGUGACAUUUUCCAUUGAACUACUUCAGCGCAUUUUUCUUACCUUUCAUUCCUGAAGGCACCUCUUUUGAACAGACUAGAAAUUAAAAUGCCAAAAUGUGCCAUGCCAUAAUGCCUUUUUUAUUCUCGCUCUUUUGGGGUCUCUUGUAUGUACUGUUUGCAUAAUCAAAUGCUCUUCCUGCUUUAACCUGACCUCCCAAAUAUCCAACAGGCACUUUAAUAAGGUGGAAGGACAAUAGACUAAAAUCCACCAACUGUCCUACUGAAUGUGUUCUUUGCUUGCCGCUUUACCUCCUGUAUGUAUUUCACCUUAUUCAUGCUGCUAUUUCCUUUGUGUAUUCUUGAAUGUAUGAUGUGUUAGCAAGGCAGGGGAGACUUACCCUCUGCAUGCAGGCAGUAGUUGACGUCACUGACGGCCACGGUGUGCACUGUAGACGAAGGGGAGGCGUGUGCCACAGACAACCAAAUACUAUCACUCUCUUCAGGUCUUUAGGGAGCUGGCUGUCAGUCACAGUGUAGAGAAUGCAGAGACUAUGUUCUGUGUUCCCUCCAUCAUAGUGGCAGAUCGUUUCCUCCUCACCAUUGCAGCGCACUUAAUUUUGGGUUCCCCAGUAAAAUGGAUCAUAGAACCAACAUAAAAUAUACCCUCUGUAUUGAACACUUAAUUAAAUAUUGAUUGCAAGCUUAUGUGAAUUUACGACAUCAAAUCGAGGCCCCAGUCGGAGGGCUGCCUUUGAUACACUGUUUCAUAUGGAAAUAAGUCUAGAAAGCACCAGAAGCCACUGCACAAUAAACAUUACCUGUUAGAAAUUUUAUUUUGCUUUAAAAAUGUUCCUUCAUAUUGUGAGGUAUCGGUGCAGCCCUGAUUCAAAGUACAUCUCCAUAUAUUUACAGGAGCUAUGCCUGACUGCAGAAAAAAAGAUUAUAACAACAUUUAAUGGACUCUAUGUAACAUUCAUCCUAAAUGCUGCAGACUUUGCACAGAUUUUCCAGGUUGGGAAAAAAAAAUUGCUUGAAUUAUGUAUCCCGAUGAGCCAAGUAGUCAAAGGUUGUUGCUGAAAAUGCAUGGCAGCUGAGCAGCGAGCAAGUUUGUACUCUAAUCAAUAUUCUAAACUGGUUUCUUUUUAUACUGCUUCAAGUUCAGUAAAAAAAAUCAAAAAAAUAAAACUAUUUAGUGCAAUUCCUUUGGUAACUGAAUUUAUUCAGUAUUUACCAUGGUGAUACAUUUGGUUGAUACACUAAUGUAGCAGUAUCUGUUUUUUGUAUUCU